GAAACGACGCUUGUCGGGAGUGCUUUCGACAAGAUGGCGGACGAGGAUAUUACGCUUGAUGGACAGCCUUUACAAUCCCUCCGUGUCGCCGAUUUGAAAGCCGCGCUGGAGCAGAGAAACCUGUCCAAGAGCGGGGCGAAGAACAAACUCAUCCAGCGACUGAAGGGGGCACUGAUGCUGGAGAACCUGCAAAAGUCGUCCACCUCUCACAGCGGACUGCAGCCCAACUCUCAGAUCGGGGAGGAGAUGAGUCAGAAUAGCUUCAUCCAACAGUAUCUGGCCAAGCAGCAGGAACUCCUCCGUCAUAGACUGGAGCGAGAAGCCCAGCUUGAGGACGAGACCGACGAAAGCCCAGCAAUGCCGGAAGAGGACGAAGACCAGUCGGACGACGACAGCUCGCCCUGCGUCUCUGACAAGCAGAGUCACCCUGUGGCAGAGAGGGCGGGAUCUCUGAGGGGUGAAGGGGCGAUGUCACGUAGGCAAGACGGUGCCGCCGGUCACCGGGAGGUCCCGGAAGCUCCCGGAGCCAGGAUGCAGAGGGCCACUUUUCCUCAAGGACACAAGGAGCCACCGGCCCCCUCUCCUCCCCGCGCCGUGGCCUCCCUGUCGGUGCGCGUCCUGGGCCAGCCGGACCGCCAGGGCCUGCCCCCGGCCUUGUCCAGAGCCCAAGAGAAAGAGGGCGUCGCGCCCAGCGAAACCGGAUCGGCUCAUCCCGUGCUCCACCUCAGCCGAUCGGCCGGCGUCUCAGCCGGAGGUCAGGUCCAGGAGGACAGUGACGACGACGACGAUGACGGUAGCGGGGAUGACGAAGAUUGGGGGCCCGGGCCCGGCGGAGCCCGAAAAGGCAAUCGCGCCCCCCCUUUGCCUCCGCAGAUGCCCGCCAGUGCGGCGAGGUCCAAACGUAAGCUUCAGCCUCCGCAGCACAUCCCGCCACCGCAGCCGCACCACAACCUGAUGCAGCUGCGCCACCCGACGCCCCCUCCCUCGCCACCUCCUGACCUGUUUCCCCUCCCGGACACCCCCAAGCAGAGCCCACCGGACACCGACGACAAGGAGGGGGAAAGCUCCGGAGCGCCGCACGCCGUCUCGCAGAGGCAAGACUCUGACUCGAGAUCCCGCUCCAGCAGUCCCGAGCCCCCCGCGAAGCGCAGACCGGGCCCGCUUUCUCUGCUGGUGCACAAGAUGGAGUCGGAGGAGGCGCAGACCAGCGCGGGUACCAGCGAUUCUCCGGAGGGGAGCAAGAAGAAAGAAAACGAGACGGGCGACCGCAAGGAGAAAGAGACAAAAACGCGAGAUGAUGAAAAGCUUGACGAGAAAAAGCAGGCAACCGACGAUAACCGCAGGGCCGAAGCCCGGGACUCGGGUUCCUCGUCGGAUUCGGACUCGCGGUCCGACUCCUCGUCCAAAUCAUCUUCAUCAUCCUCGUCCGUCAGGGUUGAGUCACGCCAUGUGAGGCAGACGAAGAGAGCCGAGCUAGGACAAGACGCAGAUAAUGAGACAAAGGGGACGGGGCCCGAGAAAGGACACCACCUGAAAAGGGCGGUGUCGGAGCCCACCGAAGCGGCCGUGUCCGAGGUGGAGCCCCGCUCCGAGAGCGCCGAGGCCCGGCAGCCGGCGCCGGACGCCGAGCCCGUCGACGGCGAGGGCCGCCUGGAGGAGAGCACCACUCCAAAGGCUUUUGCCGUUCGCAAGAUCUCCCUAACCAGCAACAAGACGCCGCCCGUCGCCACCGACGCCGAUGGAGGAGCCGGAGACGCCGACACUGGAGGAGCGGCGGUGAGGAAGAGGCGUUGGGGCUCCAGCACGGCGGUCAAUGCCAAGAAGCCGUCCAUCAGCAUCACUACCGACUCGCUCAAGUCUUUAAUCCCAGAUAUCAAAGUAGCCCAGGAGGCCGUGGUGGACCUGCACCCAGAGGAGCUGCAGCUGUCCGGAGACGAGGACCCCAGGGACAACGGUCAGGGCGACGAGGAUGAAGGUCUCAAGAUCCGACGCACAGUUACGCAGGUGGUCCCCGGGGACAGCCAGGAGAACGGGCGGGGCGACGAAGAAGAGGAUGCAGAGACGGCGGAGCAAGAAACCCCGCGACCGACCCCCGUAGACCAAUCCAGGCAAGCUCCUCCUGAGAAGACGCCUGAGAAGAUCGACGGAGAACUGAAGAAAGCUUCCCCCACCGACGGUUUGGUGCGUCGCUCCAUCAGUCAGCAGCGGUCCGGCGUAUCCAUCACAAUCGACGACCCCAUCCGAUCCACGCAGCGGUCCGGCGUGUCCAUCACAAUCGACGACCCCAUCCGAUCCACGCGGCGGCCCUCGCCGCCCCGCGGCAAACUCUCAAAUAUCAUCCACGUGACCAACCUGGUGCGACCGUUCACCCUGGGCCAGCUGAAAGAGCUUCUGAAGCAGACGGGCAGCGUGCUGGAGGAGGGCUUCUGGAUUGACAAGAUCAAGUCGCACUGCUACGUCACUUACGCUACAACAGAGGAGGCGGCGGCGACCAGAGAGGCUCUUCACGGGGUCAAGUGGCCUCAGAGCAAUCCAAAAGUGCUCGGUGUGGACUUCUGUGAACAGGAUGAGCUCGACUUUCACAAAGGUUUGCUGAAGCCAAACCGCGAAGAGCCGCAAGUCCCUCAACCUGCCCCGCCGCCGAGCCGGCCGCCCCCGCUCAUGCCCGAGCGGGACCGCGAAAGGGAGCGGGACCGCGAAAGGGAGCGGGACCGCGGCGCGGCGGGCGUGCGGGACCUGUGGGCCGAGCGGCAGCGACAAAUGGAGCGGCGCGAGCGAGCCCGCGGGGAGCGCGAAUGGGACCGCGACAAAAUCCGAGAGUUCUCCAGGCCGGGGGCGGACAAGGGGGAGCGGCGCUCCAGGUCCCGUGACCGAGAGCGACGGAAGCGGGAAAGGCCAAAGAGCAAGGAGAGGAAGGCUGACAAGAAGGAGAAGGCAGAUGAGCCUCCUGCAAAGCUUCUCGACGACUUGUUCCUCAAGACCAAAGCGGCUCCUUGUAUAUACUGGCUCCCACUCACUGAAGAACAGGCGGCGCAGAGGGUGCUGGAGCGCAGCGAGCGGCAAAAGGAGCGAGAGCGGCGACUCAAGGAGCUGCAAGACGAGCAGGAAAAAAUGCGGGAGGAGCGGAAGAAGGAGCGGCUGAAGGCCCGCGAGAAAGAAGACCGAGGCGGCGGCGGCGUGCCUGCGCCCGGCAGGGGUGCCGACGCAGACCGGGAUAAGGAGCGAGGCCGGAACAAAGAGAGCGAGCGCCGACCCGGGCGCCACUCUCGUAGCGCUAGCGAGACCCGAGACAGGCGCCGCUGAAGUGCACGGAAGAGGAAGGGCAGACUUCCUCGUGAUGUGGCAUCCGUUCGGAGGGGGCAGCGUUGUCCUCCUGAGGUUUGAGAGGCCUUUUUUUUUUCUUUUUCCUUCAACUUCUGUGGUUCCGCAGUUUAUUCCUCCCAAAGCCCUAUAAUAAAGUUCAAAAUAGAUUCCCCUGUCCUUCAAAACUUUUCUCUAAGCAGUUUUAGUGUUUCUACUUGCUUUAGCUCUGAACUUUACAAACCAUUGAGGAUUCUUUGUUUAGGGUUUUUUUUCUUUUCUUUUUUUUUUACGUUUGAUCUUGUUGAAACAGUUUAAAAAAAAAAAAAAAUACACUAUCGUAAUGCUUGUUUUUUUUUCUUAAGAGGAUGAGAGAGAGCUUUCCCCCAGUAAAAUCCUAUGUACAUUACUCUCAAAAAGUGAGGGAUGUUGGGCUUUGGUUGUGAAAUUUCAGGAUGAACUUCAAAUCCUCUUGAUCCUUUACAAGUGAUGUUCAUUUGACUUUCUAAACUUUUGAAUGUCCAGUGGUUCAGGGUACUUCAGGCACAACUUGUUGGUCUCCAACAAGGAGCUGUAGUUUGACAUUCAAUAGUUUAUAGAAAGCAACAUUAAGUUGACCUGUAAAGGAUCUCGUGCAUUUCAGGUUGAUUCCGUAUUUUCCCCUCAAAGCCAAAUAUCCUUACCUCUUUGUAGCGCAUCUAAUAGGAGAUCCAAAUUGUUUGUCGUCUUCUAGAUAAAAGUCCCAUUUUUACUAUUUUAAUUUUGUUUUUAGUUGGAAAUUAGAUUUUUGUUGUUGCUGAAUGUAUCACAAGUUAUGACAAAUAAGUUAAUAAAUUUAAAAGUGCUGUUCAA